UUCUUCUUCUGUUGUUGCAGUUACCCAGCAGUAUGUGACUUCCUGAUGAACAAUAACCUGUUGUCUGUAAUACGAGCACAUGAAGCUCAAGAUGCAGGGUAUCGAAUGUACAGGAAAAGUCAGACGACAGGCUUCCCUUCUUUAAUUACGAUCUUCUCUGCUCCCAACUACCUGGAUGUGUACAAUAACAAAGCGGCGGUGCUGAAAUAUGAGAAUAAUGUGAUGAACAUCCGGCAGUUUAACUGCUCCCCUCACCCCUACUGGCUGCCCAACUUCAUGGACGUCUUCACCUGGUCGCUGCCCUUCGUCGGAGAGAAAGGUGAGACCGCUGUCAGGAUGAGACGGUCUAAAAACUGUUUCUACAGUAUGAUGAAUAAAAAAACACUGCAGACUGAGGCAGAAGUAAACAAACCCACGUAUGAUGUAAUGUCCUAAAAUC